CAGAAGUACAGAACUGGACGCAAAAUUGUGGCCUUUUCUGCCACCAGGUCCCACAACGACGAGGCCUGUGGCUCCGAGGCCGCCUCUGAUAAUCGCCAAGAAAUGAACCAAAAAAACGAACCAAAGAUGAGGUGAUAGACUGACUAGCACUGAGCUUGCCCGGCCAGCGCCGAAUAGCGCGACGCGCCGACGCCCACACAUGAUACGUUGCGACGAAGGAGCUCCUCGCGGGUCGCGGCGAUGAGCAACGCCGGCAGGAGGAGGAGGAGCCUGACCUCCAUAGCUCCCUCCCCCGUUUCCUCCUCUUCUUUCCCUUCCGGCGCCCGGGAAGCUCAGGCGCCGCCGUCCCAGCUUCCCAGCUGGAAGUUCUCCCAGGUGCUCGGCGAACUGCCGCUCGCCGCCGCCGGCGAAGGCCACGACAACGGCACGCUCCAAGAUGACGGUGAUACGAUCUCGGCAAUCGAGUUCGACGGCCGGGGCGAGCACCUGGCCGCCGGCGACCACGCCGGGCGCGUCAUCCUCUUCCGAAGAACCGACGACGAGAGCCACGUAAAUUACAGCAAUAUAUCUCAAAGCUAGCUAUUCCAGUAUGGUUCCCUGCAGCACGAGCCGGGCUGUUGACCAGCGAUUCUUGUGCCCCGCAGCCGCCGCCGCCGCCGUCUCGCGCCGACCUGGAGCGCACGGACUACGCCGCGGCGGCGCCGCCGGCGUACGCCUACAUGGCGGAGUUCCAGAGCCACGAGCAGGAGUUCGACGUUCUGCACAGCUUGGAGAUCGGCGAGAAGGUGAAGAAGCUGAGAUGGUGCGCGCGGCCGAACAGCUCGUCGCUGUCCAUGCUCGCCACCAACGACCGCACCGUCAAGCUCUGGAAGCUUCAAGGCAGGUCUCCGAACACAGGUCGAGGAAAGGGAACGGCCAGCCGCGGCGGCGGCGGAGCACUCCGACUUCGGCGUCGCUGUCCGAGAUCGCGCUGCUCGGGGAGGGUGAUUCGAGCGUAAGAAAUGGGUAUUAUUACGAGUGGGCGAGCAAGAAAGCUAGGAACUAUUUGUCCCCUGAUUCGGCUGAACAUUCCGAAAAGGCAAGUGAGGUUGGAGAAGGAUAUACCGCGAAGUGCCGGAGAGUGUUCGCCCGUGCUCAUGUGUACAACAUCAACUCCAUUUCGAACAACUGUGACGGGGAGACGUUCGUGUCGGCCGACGACCUCAGGAUCAACCUGUGGCACCUGGAGGUGACGGACCAGUGCUUCAACGUCGUGGACAUGAAGCCCGCGGACAUGGAGGAUCUCGUAGAGGUGAUCACUUCGGCAGAGUUCCACCCGUCGUCGUGCAGCCUCCUCGCCUUCGGCAGCUCGAGGGGCUUCGUCCGGCUGGUCGACCUGCGGCAGUCGGCGCUGUGCGACCGCAACGUCAGAAUAUUCCAGGAUCGUGGGAACAGCGUGCAGCCUAGGACGCUCUUCACCGAGAUCAUCUCUUGCAUCUCCGAUGUGAAGUUCACCGGAGAUGGGAAGUAUCUGCUAACUCGAGACUACAUGAACCUGAAGCUCUGGGACUUGCGCGUGGAGAGCUCCCCUGUUGCAACUUACAAGGUGCAUGAGUUCCUUCGUCCUAAGCUGUCGGAGCUGUACAACAACGACUGCAUUUUCGACAGGUUCAGCUGCUGCUCCAGCAAGGGCGGGGACUACUUCGCCACUGGAUCUUACAGCAAUACAUUCAAAAUUUUCUCUCGUGCUGCUGCAAAUCCCAACGGAACUACGUUGGAAGCUAGCACGAACCCUUACAGGAUACAAUCAUUCCCCUCUGCAAAGAGUCAAGGGUUGCUCAGCAAUUUUGCUCGCGGAAUCCAGAGAAAAGGUCAAGAUGGACCAAGAUCUGACGGCCGGGAGGACACUAAAUGUAACAUGACAUCAAAGGUGACACAUUUAGCUUGGCACCCGAUGGAAAACUUCAUAGUUUGUGCAGCUAAUAACAGCUUGUACAUGUACCACACAUAGGCAUAUGCACUUAUUUUUUCUCCAUUACCCAUUUUGUUCCGUGGGAGUACUGGAUACUGGAGGAAAAUAUAGAGGGCAAGAUUUACUAAACACAUCGAGUGAAAGCACUAUGCAUUACAUAUAGAAAGGCAUUUGAAGCGCUGAACAUAUUUAUGCGAAGCUGAAACCUUAGUCCUCGGGAAGAUUUUUCGCUAAGCAUCUGGCAUAUUACAAUACAUAUUCGGGCAUUUCAAGGUAUGCUGCACAAGAUCGCCACUGUGGGUCAGAGAAAUGAGAAGACACUCUUAACGUCAAGAAAAGAUGCGCCAGUCCCACUGCUCUUUGCACUCGCCAAAAUAUCCUUGCAAUAAUCCUGAAUCGUGAGAGGUUGGACUGAGGCUGCAACUUGCUUUGUACAUUGCAUAGGCUGGAAAUCUGCAAGAGGACUGCUGAAGCAGAAUUUGCUCUUCUCAGAUGAGCUGUCCAUUUUACCUAAAAACUGAAGAGAAUUCUCAUCUGGAGUCUUGCUUA